UUCAAUUUGUUUUGCGGAAUAAAUGGUCACAACUCUCAGUUUCCCCCCGAAAUCGUAUGUUGCAUAAUGGAAGCCGAAACUCGACGCAAAGUAGAAGACAUGGUUUUAGAUAUACUGAAAAAAUCCAACAUUCAAGAAACCACUGAGUUUACUAUCCGAGUUGCCGCCUCUGAGCGACUCGGUGUCGACCUCUCCGACCCACACAGUAAGCAUUUUGUCAGAAACAUCAUCGAAUCUUAUCUUCUUUCAAUCGCCACCGACGAGAAACCGCCACAAGAAACCACAGAGGUGCCGGUGGUAAUUCCCAAAGAACCGCUCGAAGAAGAGUUCACUGAGGCGUUGAGAGUUAUUAAACGCAGAAACGAUGACUCCGAACGCUUUAUUUGUCAGCUAUCAACCAAGAGGAAUGUGGUAGUCCGAGAUUUCAAAGGAACGACAUUGGUGUCAAUUAGGGAGUUCUAUAAAAAAGAUGGAAAACAGCUUCCCACUUCUAAAGGGAUAAGUUUAUCUUCUGAACAAUGGUCAACCUUCAAGAAUAGUGUUCCUGCUAUAGAGGAAGCUAUCACAAAGUUGGAAGGAAGGAUAAGAUCAGAGCCUAAUGGCAAGAAAAAUAGAGAAGUUUCAAGUACAGUUGCUUGCAAGAGAAAUGAAAAAGUUUCAACCUCAGUUGUUGAUGUUCCUGUUGAGCUUGUUCCUAUUGAGAUAGUCCGUUUUGAUGGGAAGAAUUACCAAGUUUGGGCUCAACAAAUGGAAUUACUCUUGGAACAGUUAAAGAUUAAAUAUGUGCUUACUAAUCCAUGCCCAAAUGCUACAUUAGGGGAAAGAGAUGCUUGCACUGGAGAAAUGGCUGAAAACAAAGCUGCUGAAAAUAGAUGGGUAAUUGACAAUUUAACAUGUCGUCGCAACAUCUUGAGCCAUUUAUCUGAUAAUCUAUUCAACAAGUAUGCAAAAAGAAAAAUGAGUGCUAAGGAGUUAUGGGAAGAUUUAAAGUUUAUUUAUCUGUAUGAGAAACAUAGAACCAAGAGAUAUCAGGUGAAAAAAUAUAUUGAAUUUCAAAUGGUUGAUGAAAAAACAGUUGUUGACCAAGUUCAAGAAAUUAAUAACCUUGCAGACUCUAUUGCCGCGUCUGGAAUGCAAAUUGAGGAGAACUUUCAUGUUAGUGUCAUCAUUUCGAAGCUUCCAUUAUCAUGGGAAGACUUUUGCAUCAACUUAAUGCGUGAGGAGCAUCUACCUUUCUGGAAGUUAAUGGAACUGAUAACGAAAGAAGAAGAAUCUCGCAAUGGAAUAAAAAAAAAAGGGUGAAUCUCCUUCUGAGAGUGUAAGUGUAAGAUCUCACCAUGCCAAUAGAGAGGGACCUAGGGAGGCUGACAUUAAGUCACCACCAGGUUUUCACAAGUUUGAAUCCAAUGGCAAGAACAUAACAUGUUAUAUUUGUGGCCAAAAAGGACACAUUUCUAAAAACUGUUGGAGAUGGCUGUAAUUAAGUGUUCCUAAAUUAUGGUAGUUUGUCAGUCAUUUUUAUGAAGUUAUUGGCUGAUUGAUUUAUAAACUUGCAACCGUUGGGAAUUACUGUAGGUACCUGUGAUGUGCACGAAAUAAAUAUUUCCUCAAGAAAAUUUGUAAAGUAUAAUAAUCUUAAAAAUGAUAUGAA